CUUUAAACUGGCGCCAUUUUCUGUGUAGACUUCUGUUCUGCAACAGCCGGCGUCGAGUCCUGCAACCCUUUUGUGUCUUCGAGAAAAAACUGAGCAGGUGAUUCAACAUGUCUGACGAGGGAAAGCUCUUCAUUGGUGGUCUGAGCUAUGAGACCACAGAGCAGUCCUUGGAGGAGGCUUUCUCCAAAUAUGGGUCAAUUGCCAAAGUUGAUGUCAUCCGGGACCGUGAGACGGACCGUUCCAGAGGCUUUGGCUUUGUGACGUUUGAAAAUCCAGAAGAUGCCAAGGAUGCAAUGGCUGCAAUGAAUGGAAAGUCUGUCGAUGGCCGCAUGAUUCGUGUUGAUGAAGCUGGCAAAUCUGGUAGACGUUCUGGUGGUUUUAGAGGAGGUUCUUCUGGUGGUAGAGGGUUCUUCAGAGGAGGAAGAGGUAGAGGUGGUGGAGGAUAUGGUGGAGACCGAAGCUACGGAGGUGACCGAAGCUUUGGUGGCGAUAGGGGCUAUGGUGGUGGUGAUCGGGGCUAUGGGGGAGGAGAGAGGAGCUAUGGUGGAGGUGACCGAUCCUAUGGUGGUGGCGGAUACUCAAACAGGAGUAGUGGAUACUCGGGUGGCAGCGGCGGUGGAUACAGGGAUAACAGAAGCCAGAGUGGAUAUGACCGUUCUGGUGGAUCCUACAGAGACAGCUACGACAGUUAUGCUUCACACGAGUAAAAAAAAAAAAAAUCCUGAUUGCAAGAUCAUCCCUUCGCUGGCUGUAUAUAAAAAGAUGCGCUCUUGGAAGACCUCUUUUGUUUUUACUUUUUUUUUUUUUUUGGUUCUGGUUCAAAUGUUCUAUUAAAGAGAGACUCCUAUUUUACCGUGUCAAGUAUCCGCAAGAAUGUUCCUCUCAUUGAGGAGCUGCCUAUUAUCCAUGAGCAUUCACUUCCUGUAAGAGUUUUCAAGCCCUGUGAGGCUACCUGUAUCUGACAUUUUACCUUGCGAUUUGUGUAAUAGAUGCUCACAGAGGUUGGAAAUUGUCCUUUUAUUAAUUUUUAUUUUCAGAGUGUGUGUUUUAAGAAACUGUCUCUGAAACCAUGCAUGAAAAUUAUCCUGUCCAACACAGCCUGAUAGCUUCUAAAAACCAAUUUCCUCCAAGAUCUUUGGACCAAUUUCUAAAUAUCGGCUCACUGAAAGUGCUUCGAGGGGCAUUUGAACAAUUUUUAAACGGCACCUGAAAAUAUUCUAAUCUGAUCCUCCAAUAGAAGCUUGAUAAGCUGUGAUGUGUUCUUUAUUGCUCCUUGCCACCUCCAUUUUGUGAUUCAUUCCUUUAGUGAAGCAAGGCAGGCAUGUUGCAUUGGAGUUCUCUCCGGCAAACCUCCUUGAUGUUGCUAAAGAUCUGUAAAUAUGAAUUAUCCAAAGAGUAAACCACUGAAGUGGGUCAUUCUGCCUCGCAUUAAGACCGUUGACCCAAAGUACUUUACUCUUUGACCAGUCUAAAUUAAUUUAAAAGUAUGCUCAACUGUGGACUGAACAUAUGUCAAGAUUUUGUUCCUCCUUUGGAAAGAAAUGUGCUCUGUUCUGUAUAUCAACACCUCCGAAUCCUUUCUUUUUGUAUUAAUCUGGAUUCAUGAAGCUCAUUAAAGAAAAAUGGUUGGAAAAUGCUCUCUCUUGCCUUCGAUAUUAAAAAGCUCAAUACAAGCCAAAUGAAUGUCUUGGAGUGGAUAAGCUGGGGUUUUAGCAUCUGGGAUCCGAAGUAUUUUCCAUUAGACCAAUAAAACUUCAGAUUAGAUAAGUUGUCAAAGAUGAAACGUUGUGGUGUAGCAACCAAUGGUUCUGAAUAAUGCUUCAUUGGAUCCAAGAGUUCUCUGCUAGCAAUUACGGAAGUCAACAAUGUCCUUGGAGAAUGAAGUGUUGUGCCUUCCGACUCAAGAAUCCUGAGAUGAAAGCUGCUCUCUUGACUAGGUCAUUUGUGGAGAUAGGCCUGUAAUGUGAGGUAAACCCUUUUGCUCUCCUGUACGCAUCCUACAACCGUUAUCAUUGUCCAUGUUUUCUUCGAAUGUUGCUUCGACCAGUGAUAACAUCUCCAGAAUCUGUUCAAUCCCGAUCCACAACCCACCCAAAAAAACAAAAAA